AUAAUCACGUUAUAAAGCCAAAUGGAUUGUAUACCUCUUACGAGCAAUCUAUUAAUAAAACAGGUAAGGGUUUCAUUCACAAAAGUGCUCGAUGUUUACAUUUCAAACUAAAUCAUCCGGUGCAUAUAAAUACGUGUGUGUACGGUCGGUAAUGCAGUAUUCAUGUAAAGCAGGCGUUCUUUUAAUCACCGCCUACUACUUAAGUUGAGGGCUGAGGCUCCAGCAUCAAGGCGAGUAUAACACGGGUACGGCUGGUACGGCGCAGGCUGGAGCAACUGUAGGGCGCAGUGGGUGCAGAGAGCACACAAGACAAAAAUAGUCACACCAGGGUAUUUUAUCUAGAAAGCGGAAAUUCAACAUGGCGAAUCGCGCUUUAGUAGUGUCAUAAGUGCGUGUGCCCGCGAACGAGGAUGUCAAUGUGAUAAGAGCAGGCGAGCAAUGAACAUCGAUUAUACGAUGGGCGGAGGCGUGUAUGACUGACGGACGCAAAUAGAUCUAUCUUUCUCCUCUUGCGCGCUUAAAUCGCCCCUCACAGCCAGGAUGAAGUUGUCAACUACCGCGAAUGGAAGUUUUCGGCGGGCUGGAGCAAGUUUGAUUACUUGUUUACUAUUCACUUAAUCCUCCUCGGUGUUUAGAGAUUUUUCGCAUGGAGCCGACAUUCCCAAAGAGAGCACGUUCGUUCAAUAAGCGCCUUUGUGCUCUUGCGUGCAUCUUUUAAUUGCUGUUCAUUGAAAAAAGUUACCAGGAAAAUCAUUUGAUUCAGAAAUGAUUAAAUCUGUGAGUCGUCUAACAAAUCUGUUAUUGCUGUAUUCUUGCCUCGUAAGACAUUGAUAAACCAAUUGAUGCAAAAUGAGUGGAUCCGAUAGAGGAGUAGAGAUAGUUGGAAAUGGUUGGCAAGAUUGUGCAAGUUGGCUCAUAAGAUGCGGUGCAUUACGAGCUGACCACAAAGCCAAUUGGCCUAAUGCUACAGCAGUAGAUUUAGCUUAUAUAUUAAGAGAUGGAGUACUCCUUUGUAAUCUUUUAAAUACCAUUAAACCUUGCUGUAUAGAUAGUAAAGAUGUCAAUCAAAAGCCUCAGAUGGCUCAGUUUUUGUGUUUGCGGAAUAUCAAUGCAUUCUUAUCAGCUUGUACCAAGAGUUUUGGCAUGUCAGAAUCAGAUCUAUUUGAAUCUUCAAUGCUUUAUGAUCUUUCUAAUUUUCAUAAGGUGUUGUGUACGUUAUCUGUGUUAUCAAACACCACUUAUUUCAAAAACAAGGGAAUAGAGGGAUUUCUUGUAAAAAGAGGUCGAUCUCAAGAAGAUAUUUAUAAAGAUUUACAGAGUGCUGGAGUGGGGCGAGAAGACGAGGGUCGACGCAGACGAUCCAGGCGACGUGAAGGUGGUACACCGGAUGAGGAUGGACAAUCGGCUGAUAACGUGGCCAAUGACCACGUCACCGAAGAAGAUGGUUACGAUGCAUUUUGCAGCCAAGCCAGAAGUGAAGAGAUCUACCAUGACCUUUGUGCGCUGCAUCUAUCGCCUGCCGAUCAGCAUGGUGCAGCAGCAGCAGCAGCAGUAGUAGUAGCAGGUGGCGAGAAGCGCGACUACGUGGUGCAAGAACUCGUUGAGACAGAACGUAACUACGCUGAGGUGCUGAACAGUCUAUUGAAACAUUUUGCACGACCUCUGUCGGGCAUAAUCCAUCCCGAGAUAUCGGCGCGAAUCUUUUUCGGUAUCAAAGAUUUGGCGGAAAUUCACGCUGGUUUUCACAGUCAAUUACGAAAAGCUCGAGAUGGUGCAGGUAUUGCGCAAGUCUUCCUUGACUGGCGGGAGAAGUUCCUCAUCUACGGUGACUAUUGUGCCAAUCUUACCACAGCUCAAGCCACGCUACACGAUUUAUGCGCUGCCGAUCCUAUAUUUGAUCAAGAAGUUAUCGAAUGCCAACAAUUAGCCAAUAACGGAAAGUUCAAGCUUCGAGAUAUUCUCUCCGUUCCGAUGCAAAGAGUGCUCAAGUAUCAUUUAUUGUUAGAUAAAUUAGUCGAGGAGACGCCGCGUGAGUGGGUGGAAGAUAGGCGAAAGCUCACUCAGGCGCGUGAAGUUAUGGUCGAUGUAGCGCAAUAUAUUAACGAAGUCAAACGUGAUUCCGAUACGCUUGACAUUAUUAACAACAUUCAGCAUCUUAUUGUGGAUUGGGAUCGUUCAGAGGAUAUUCAGUUGAGAGACUAUGGAAGGCUUCUAAAAGAUGGCGAACUCAAGGUCAAAGCUCACGGAGACCAGCGAAUAAAAGCUCGUUAUGCCUUCGUUUUCGAACAAGUGGUUUUAGUUUGUAAGGUCGGCCGAGGCUAUCAGUACUGUUAUCGAGAAACAAUAAGACUGGAUGAAUAUCGUGUGGAAGAUCAUGCUUCGAGGCGCACCUUAGGCAGAGAUUCACGAUGGUCGUAUCAAUGGCUGCUUGUGCACAACAAAGCUUACAAAGCCUAUACGUUAUAUGCGCGUACGGAGGAUCAGAAACAGGUUUGGAUCAAAGCUCUGCAGGAUGCCAUGGAUAAUAUUUAUCCGUCUGCCUGUCGCAACACCAAUCAUAAAUUUAAGCUUACCACCUACGACAGCGCUCGUAGUUGCGAUAUCUGUGGGAAAUUUCUUAAAGGACGAAUCUUUCAAGGCUACAGAUGCGAAACCUGCUUACUAUCAGUACACAAGCAAUGUAUUUCUUAUUCCGGACGUUGUAUGCCGAUACCGCCUCCUUUGCCACCCCCUCCGCUGCCACCGCCACAGCCAUUUGAGCGCGAGUUAUCUACAAAAUUAUGGUACAUGGGCGAGAUGGGUCGAGAGAUGGCUGCACAGAAGCUGGAACAGCGAGAGAAUGGUACCUACAUGGUACGAAUCCGUCCAGCCACUGGGCAGCCACGGCUCAAUCAUGAAACGGACUACGCUUUAAGUUUAAAAGCUGACGGCACAGUUAAACAUAUUAGGAUAUUCAAACGCGAAGUAGACGGAGCCGAUUUGUAUUACCUGAGCGAAUCUCGUUUCUUCAAGAGUGUUAUUGAGCUGGUGGAGUACUACGAGCGAGUGUCGUUAGCGGAGAACUUUGAAAAAUUGGAUCAGCGGCUUCUCUGGCCAUAUAGACGGAUUCUAGCUAAAGCUCUAUUCGACUACAAUCCAGCCGAACGUAAUCAAUUAAGCCUGCGCAAAGGCUGUCGCGUAGUUAUAUUGAGUAAGGAAGGCGAUGCCAAAGGAUGGUGGAAGGGAAAGAUCGCUGAUCAAGUUGGUUUUUUCCCCAAAGAAUACGUCGAGGAAGAAUGAUACAAUAGUCGAGCGCCACCGACUUUAUCGAUACACAUAGGUAUUUAAAUAUAUGGCUGAUACUUAGCUAUUUCGAUAGGCUCGGAGACACCAGGUUAUGAAAUCUUUUAUUUUUGUACAAUUGUUGUACACAUUGAAUUAAAUUUUUUUCCCAAAGUUAUCAACUAUUAAGAAAAAAUGAUAAGAAAGGCUAUAUUUCAAAAAUAAAUGAAGGGAAAAAUAUAUAUUCGCAAUAUGCAUGUAAAAUAAGUAAUUUUAUGUUAUUAAAAUCCGCUUAUUAUACUCACAAGUGAUGUCAAUUGAUUGAAAAAUAAAACUUGUUUGAUUUACUUUCAUUCUAUUAUAAAGUUAACUAUUUGAUUGUUAAUUGUGUAGUUAUUGACUAUAUUAUUAAUUAGUCAUUAAUUAAUAGUUAUUAGCUAACUAAUAAAAUAAUGUAUAUAAAAUUGAUAAACAAUUUUAUGUAACUACUUGAUACAGUUAACUUCAUCACAUUAGGUUGAAAAUAAAUCAAGUUUUAUUUUAUCCAUCAAUUAACAUGUAAUUUAUAUGUAAUUGAUUAUAUUUAAAAAAUAUAUAAUACUUUUGUGUCAAUACUGUUAAUGCAAAAGAAAUAUCGUCUGCAAUUUUUUUUGCAGUUUUAAUUUGCCGCAAUUAUAGAUUUAUUGCCUUUGAUUGAUAAUAAAUGUAAUACUUUACUUAGGCGGUUCAUUGUCAGAAAGUACAAAUAAUGCCGAAUGUUUAGGAAAAAAAACCAUCAAAAUCGAUUGCAAUUUCUAUAAGGAUUUUAAAAAAAGAAGUCCGAAAUAUCCCACUGUAUGUCGAACCGUAGGCGUGCCUAAACAGCCUCUUAAUUAAUGCUGUCUGAUAUGUCGGGCACUUGAAUUUUUUGAUUGAUUUCUAUAGAAAAAACCCUCCGGAGUCCAUUGAAGCAAGAAUUUUAAAAGCUACUACUUUUAGGGUAAUACGCAAUUGUUAAAAAUAAAAGUUAAUAUCUUUAAAAAAAAAAAACAAUAUUUUUUGUUGUAAUUAUGUAGAAUGUUUAAGAUGUUAAACGUAUUUAAAAAAAAUAUUAACUUGGAUGUCUUAAUUAGUUUUUGAAAUGUAACCUUUCGAAAAAUUGUUAUCAUUCAUCCUUAAUAGUUAAUGACUUUUUAUAUAAUUAAUAUUUCAAGAUAAAAAUGUAGAAAAAAAUUUUCUUCAAUGUGUACAACAAUUGUAUUAAUUCUGGAAGAAAAUCUGUGUCCUAGUGUUUCUAGGCCCAUCGAAAUAGCUAAGAAUUAGCCAUAUAUAGCUGCUGGGAUAUGCUGCUUCUCAAAAUUAAUGCGUAGACAUAUUUAGACGAGUGAAAAGUAACGAGUAUAGAAGGUAAUGUGCUCGAAUGGAUACAUAAUAAAUCUAAAUAAAAAGAAGCCAGUCAAAUGUCGGAAUCAGUGUUUCUUUGAAUUGUUUAUGUCUUCCAAAUCAGUCAAUGUGUGUAGUCUCAUUAUAUUUAUAAAAAGAAAAAUGUUUCACCAAUUUUUUUGGCUAAACAUUGUUUGGCUUGAAGGAUAUUGCUGUUUAUACAAAUGCGUAUGGUUUCUGAAAAACUUCAUCUACAUGUUAAAUUUUGAUAAAUCUUAGAUUUUUAAACUUACAACAUGAAAAAACUUUAAUAUAUUUGUUAUAGCAUGAUAUAUUUUUAAGAAUUUUCUGUGUUUAAAAGUGAAUUUUGGAAUAUUCAAAAAAUUUAUUGACAAAUUCACUUGACAGAUCUACCAACUAUGUAUCUAAUUAAUCAUUCAAACUAUAGAAGACUAUAUACAAUGUCACAGAGAAUAUGUGUUUAAGGAAUCUAAGUUUUUACAAAAAAAAAAAAGAAAUAUAGUUGAUGUAAAAUCAUUAUUCUAUCCAAAUUUUGAUGUUUCACUCUAAUUCCAUUGAUAGAAAUUUGGUGGAGAUUGAAAGAUUAUGUACGUAAGAACUGAGUAAGAUGGAUAAAUUUUCAUUUUAGGAAUGCCCAUAUUUUAAUAGAAUACAAGUGCAAAUUAGUUAUAUAUAUGUAUAUGUCUUUUAUUAGAUAUAUACGAGCAUUUUAAUGAAUACAUCGAGAUUUUUAUUGUUAGGUAAAGAGAAAGUUUAAUAUUUUUAAAUUAAAAAAAAUGUUCCCCAAUUGUGCCAA